AUGGUCACGUCGGCAAACCCAACCACUAUACCAAACGCAGUGGUUUUGGCAAGCCGUCGGACAAAUGAUGCAGUUAGAUCAGGGAUUUUAAAGCAAGACAAAUUUGGUGGAACGAGGAAACUAGAGGGGCAAUCGUGGAAUAGGGCCAACAACAAUUUAGGCAAGAACCAAAAAGUGAUAAGAAACUUUGGGGCCCAGUCUCAAACAGGAGAAAAGGGCAAGGGAACUUACCCUAAGUGUGGCAAGUGCAAUUAUCACCAUAGCGGGAGAUGCAUCAUCUGUUUUAGAUGCAAUAAAGGAGGUCAUUUCGCUAAAGAUUGCAAGAUCGGAGAGAAUCGAACAUGCCAUGAGUGCGGAAGCUCGAAUCACUUCAGGAAUGCAUGCCCGAAAUUGAACCGAGGGUCAGUUACUAACCCAGCACGACCAGUCAACCAAGGAAAUCAAGGAGGCCAAGCACGAGGUCGAGCAUUUGCAAUUGGGGUGGAAGAAGCCAAGCAAGACUCGAAUGUGGUCACAGGUACAUUUCUUCUGAAUAAUCAUUACACAUCCAUACUAUUUGAUUCUGAAGCAGAUAGAAGCUUUGUAUCCCUAGAAUUUAGACCAAAGAUUAGUUUAAAAUCGCAAAAGCUGAAAGAAGAUUUCGUUAUCGAGUUUGCUAAUGGUCAGGAAGUUAGGACGGAAGACGUAAUCACAAAUUGUACAUUACGUUUAGCUGAACAAAACUUUAGCAUAGACCUUAUUCCAAUUAGAUUAGGAAGCUUCGAUGUAGUUGUGGGUAUGGAUUGGCUAUCCAAAAAUCAAGCCGAGAUAUGUUGUUCUGAGAAGACCAUUCAAAUUUUGAAAGGAAGUGAAGCGCUCGUGGUGCAUGGAGAGAAGUCCCAGAGAAAUUUCAAAUUACUAACAUGUAUGAAGAUGCGAAAAUACUUGAAAAAGGAAUAUGUCGCGUUUAUGGCUCACAUUAUGGAUAAAGGAAUUAAAGAGAAACGCAUCCAGGAUUUCCCAUAG